GUUGUGAUUACAUUUCUUAGCUUCUUGCAGAUACAGAUCGGUGUGUUAAUCAGCUUCCAAAGGUGGAUUUCGUAUGCCCAAUUAUUAGCUGAAGAAGAGCUCGUCCCAACCGUGUUCCAACACGCUGCAAAUGGGGUUGGGCUCUUUGAUUCAAGCGACGAUGCGGAUAAGGUGGAAGCUGGUUCGAGAGCCGAGCCGCCGUUCUGGCUGGUUCGUGAAUUGUAUUUGAGACAGCUUAUAUUUAUAAGGGUUCCUCCUUGUUUUGAUAGAGAAACCAGAUAUAGGGACGUGUUGGUUAAGGCUCAUACGUUGACACUUACAAUGACCCCCAAAUACUUGACACUUUUAACUAAUGAAGAAACAAAAUUGUAUGAAGCCGGUCAAUCCUCGAUAGCUGCAUUCAAGAAAUGGCGGAUGGGUGGACCGAGAUUUCAAGCAGCUCCUGUACUUGGGAGGAAAAGAAAGCCAACUUAGAUGGAAUUCACAUUCUCUCUUAUCCAUCCCAGGUCUCCAGCCAAUAUGAGUUUGAUUUUGAUACUUGAAUGUCAAUUCCAGCCAAAUAUUGUGUCAUGUAGAGUUUCAAAUGAGGUUCGAUUUUACUGAUUCAA